UUUUUUUUUUUGGAAUCAUAUUUGUCCAUAAACACACUUACUUUCUUAAAGAAAAUACGCAUAGUAAAGGAAAAUGAUGAAUGCUACCAUGUAUUACAAGAAACGACGGCUGCGGCAAAAACCGAAUAUUCUUACUUAUGAGCAACAACAAGAACUGAGUAAAUUGAUUGUCGGAAAGAAAUCAACGUCAAAGACGCUGACAGAUCAAGGACUUCUUCCAACAAGCUUAUUCCGAUUACGAAAACGAAAAUUGGAAUGUUUGUAUGAUUAUUUACUGAAACAUGAUCUUAUUCACUGUGGCGACAAAGAACAUUAUCCUAUUGAAUCAGUACAAACACAUCAGUUAGCAGAGUAUUUAUUAGCCAUUAUUUAUCCCGGAUACCCAGCCUGUAGAGCCAAGAAUUUGGCUUUUACAGAUUACAGAGAAUGUCGAGAACGAGAGGCUACUACGAUGGAGGAUAACUCUAGUAGUCAUCAGCCUUUAGCCUAUGAUUUUGUCCCCACCACAGAGAUUUUCGAUCGAUUAGACGAGAUUAUUCGUGUUGAUGUAGACGAUAUGAGUAGUAGUCAUAGUAGUACAACGGAUCAGCAAAAACAGCAUAAACCUCAAGACGAUUGCGGCCCUCUCACUAUACCCUUCCCGCCUCAUCCUAUCCACAAUAACAGCAGCAGCAUCCUGAAUAGCAAUGACAACGGCUGCAUGACAUCCUCCUCCUCCUCCUCCUCCUCAUUAUCAAGUACUUUUAAAGUUAUUUAUCUCUCAGUAUCCUCUUUACGGAAAUCAAUCGACAGAGUUCGAUCCGCGAAUCCUAUGGAUACUUUUUCGGGACAUGCUCACCUCAUGGAAUACCAUUUAUGCUUUUGGAAUUCAACAAGAACAUUAGUGAAACCACAUUGCAAAUCGCUCAAAUUACAAUCCAAAGAAAUUUGGACAGAGAAAGAUGAGAAAAUGGUACAAGAAGGAUUCAUGCAUGUGGAUAUUACGCAAAGCCUACUUUAUUGUUUAUCCACCAUGAAGACACAGAAAGAUAAAAGUCCAUUUCUGACGUUGAUGGUAGAGUUGAUGGACCAUGAAGAACAGAAUAUCAAUCAUGUUUCCAUAUCAGCUGUAGCAAGGAAACCCAUACAAGAGUUUAUUUGUCAAUUGUAUCUUCAAACAACGACAGAAUGCAUGGCCAAAGCACUAAGGAAAAGUCAGCACCCUCUGGACACGCAAAAGAUCAUUUUGCACUUGUUGAAGCAAUAUGAUGACCCUCAGCCAUCAGCAGCACUCAAAGAAAUCGAUGAUUCGGCCAAGCUAGAGGAAAGAGACAUGACGUUCUUGUCCGAAAAGCUGAGGCGCGCUGAAACAUUAUUCAUGACCUGCACAAGUAAUUCAAAUGCCUUGUUUCCGAGCAACAGUGAUAGUAGUAGUCAGAACCACAGUCAUAGUCAUGGUAGUAGCCACCAUGACGACGUUGAUAAAUUGAAUGGGAGUAUGAUGAACAGCCUUAGUACCACCAGCGAAGAAGAUUAUGAUGACGAAGAUGAAGGCGAAUUGGUCUCUUUCAUCGACCCGUUAUCCUGCCAGAAACAGAGAAUUCAACAUCCUAUCAAGAGUGUGCAUUGUCGGCAUCGGACGUGUUUUGAUGCAGCUUCUUUCUUACGCCACAAUAUGGAUAAAAAGAUAUGGCAUUGCCCGAUAUGUUUUGUGCACAUUAAAAAUUUUGAGGAUUUACGAAUGGAUUAUCCUAUGAAGGUAGCCUUAAGGGAAUACGCCAAGGAAGAAGAACUGUACUUGUUUGGUGACAAUUCCUUUGUAUCCGUGAAUGAGUAUUUUGUUAUGGAUGCAAAUCGAGUGGAUGAUGAAGAAGAAGAAAAAGAGGAAGAAGAAGAAGAAGCAGACUAUAUAGAGCUUCGCUUAGAAAAUGAGAGUAUCAAAGUGGAUAGAACGCAUCCAACGAAAAAAGCCAAGACCCUUCAUGUCAUGUAAUAAAUAAAUAAAAUUAAAAAAAAGUCGAGAUGCAACUGUACCCCAC